AGGCUCUUCACCCGUGAUUUGUGACUUUAAUCCUUUCUGUAUACUAAACUAUUACAUUUUGUAUACACAUAUCUACAAUACAUAUCUACAAUAGAGAGAGCUUUAGCUUUCGCAGAUUUUUUUUCUUUUACAAAUUUUACCCUCAUAUACAUAUUCCGCUAUGGAGAUAGUUAAUCUGUUGAUUAUAAGUCAUAUUUAGUUAGAUAGGCUGCUCUGUACGCGAUGAAUUUUUUUAUUUGACCAUUAAUACAAAUUGGAAAGUAAAAGAAAAUUUUCAUUUGGGAAUAUAUUUCCUAUUGGUACAUCAAAGAAGUAUUUUGGAGUAACAUGGAGCUUAAAUGUAAAGUACAAACUUAUGAUUGGGGAAGAUACGGUAUUGAUAGUAUUGUGGCAACGUUAAUGAAAUCUUCCAACUCAGAUUUUAUAUUAGAUGAAAAAAAACCAUAUGCUGAACUGUGGAUAGGUACUCAUCCUAAUGGGCCUUCAUAUAUGAAAGAUUUAAAUAUAUCGUUGGAAGAGUACAUAAAACAAAAUAGUGAUGUGUUAGGAAAUGAUGCUCAGAAAGUAUUUGGUCAUCAUUUGCCAUUUCUCUUUAAAGUGUUGUCUGUGAAUAAAGCACUGUCUAUUCAAGUACAUCCAGAUAAGGAAAAAGCGAAGCAGUUGCAUCAACAAUAUCCUACUAUUUACAAAGAUGCAAAUCAUAAACCAGAACUUGCAAUAGCAUUAACACCUUUUGAAGCUCUUUGCGGUUUCCGUCCAAUCAGAGAGAUACAAGAGUUUCUAAAAAUUCUGCCUGAAUUGCGUGCUGUAAUAGGAGUAGAUAAAGUAUUUAAAUUUAUGACAACAGACGAAGCAAAUGACACAGAAGCAUUGAAAACAUGUUUUCACAGUCUCAUGACCUGUGAUCCCGGAUUAAUAGCUUUGCAACUUAGGAAAUUGCUUGAUAGGCUGUCCAAUUUGGAUGAAUCUUUAAGACAAACUUUACAUGCUAGUUUGUUGGAAAGACUGUAUUCAGAUUUUCCAGGAGAUGUAGGAUGUUUCGGCAUUUAUUUUUUUAACUUUAUAACUAUGCAGCCUGGUGAAGCAAUAUAUCUUCCACCAAAUGAACCACAUGCAUAUCUUUCUGGUGAUUGCGUUGAAUGUAUGGCAUGCUCUGAUAACGUAGUCCGCGCAGGAUUAACUCCUAAAUUAAAAGAUGUGCCAACGUUAAUUGAAAUGUUAAGGUACACUUGCGAACCAAUUUCUGCGAAAAGAUUUCAACCUUCUCGCGAGGACGAAUGUACGGAAGUAUUUUGUCCUUGUGUACCAGACUUUGCUGUUGCCAAAAUAACAAUUCCUCCAGGAAGAUCAUCAUACAAUAUAAUUCCAAGAAGCACAGCUAGCGUUUUAAUAAUCGUAAAUGGAAAGGGUGAAAUUUCACCGUCAAAGAUUCUUUAUCGAGGUUCUGUCGUAUUUAUUCCGGCGAAUCAAAAAGUCGGGAUCAAAGUCUUAUGCGGAUGUCACCCAAUGUUAAUGUUCCAAUCUUUUAUUAACGUUUAAAGAUAGCUGCUGAUGUUUGAAAAGAAAUGUGAUGAAAGAAAAUGGUAAAUUUGCACACACAAAGUAUUACUGCACUUUCGAAUGCUUCUUAGUUUAAAGCUAAAAAUGUUUUGAUCUUCAAAUUUUAUCAGUAGUUAUGAACAGUCAAGAGACUCAAAGAAUUAUUGAAUAUUAUUCUCGAUAUCAUUCUAUUUAAUAGAAACAUAUUUUUCAUAUUUCAGUAAAGUAUUUCAUAGUUUAUAAGUAGAGUCGAUGUUUGGAUAUAAUGCUAUGAUGCAUAAAACUAGAGACAUUUGUAUUGAAAGCAUUUAUCAUUUACUGAUUCCUGCCAUGAUAUGUAUUAUAAUGCAUUUUAAACUUCUAACUAAUAUUCAGAUUAAGUACUAUUUUUACGGAUAAAAAAAAUUAUCCAUUCACCUUUUUUAAAUUGAAGAAAGAUACACCAAUUUAUACAGUAAUAUAUUUAAAUAUUAUUUUUUAAUUUUGAAACACGUAUUUUUAUAAUUAUACUAUUUACGGCGAUACAACAAAUAUAACUUUACUAUUCAUUUCAACAACAGAACACUAUAUGCGAUCAGCUCUAGUCAGUUUAUGUUAACUAGUAUUUUCUUAUUCUUAUACACGGGUAUAUACGGAGGGACUAUUUUAUUAAAAAACAAUAUUUUAUUAAAUAUAAGUUGCUUUUUCUGUUAUACUAUGUACAAUAU